AAGAUGUCUGCCGAGGACCGGCGCUGUGCGGCGGGCUUCGUUUUCCGCGCUCUGCCCCAGAAAGUUUUCCCCAGCCUGGAGGACAGGGACAUCAGAGAACGACUCCUCAAAUGGUGCAUGCAAGACAGGAUCACAGCACAAGCAUUCAGUUUUGACCAGCAGUUUAAGCCCUAUCAAAAGGAUGAAUUUAUUAUGGCAUUUUUUAAUGACCCAAACGUGAACUCCAGUUUAAAGUUGCUCUCAGCUUCAGGGCAAUGGACUACAUUGGGUUCCAAAGUGACAAAAGUUGAAGCUACAGUGGUGCCCUGUACACAGAUUUCCAUGGCAUUUUUUGACCGGCUAUACUCUGAAGGAGUUGUUAGAGAAAGUGGACAUACUGUGAAAUGUUAUGAGGACUAUUAUGAUGGUAUUCUCAUCCCAGAUGAACUAAGAAAGGCCUUGCUUGUAGAAGACUCAGACCAUUAUGACUUAUUCAGUCAACUGGAUCACGAGGAGUUUCUAUUCUGUCUUUUUAAGCAUCUUUGCAUUGGAGGAACUCUUUGCCAGUUUGAAGAUGUAGUUGGUCCAUACUUAGAAACUACAAAAGCACUAUAUAAAGACUUGGUGAGUGUUCAAAAGAAUCCUGAAACAAAAGAAAUACAUGUUAUUUCUACAGUUUUCAGAGUGUCUGCAUAUGAUAACAAAGGCCUAUGUUACCCUUCAAGCAAAAGCCACGAACAGACUUUUGCCUACUUGAUUGUGGACCCCUGCAAGCGACAUGUGCACACUCUGUAUCAUUGUUUUGGUGCAGACGUAUUUAGCAGCUAG